AUGGUCACUUUUAUAUGUGGUGCGUGCCAAGCUACUCUCAAGAAAAAUCAAGUAAAUAAGCAUUGCGAGACUGUUUGCCCAAAUGCUUGGACAUUCACCUGUAUAGACUGUGCAAAAGAUUUCAAGGGGUUUGAGUUUGAUACACAUACAAGCUGCAUUACGGAAAGCGAAAAAUACUUUGGAAAAUUUCAUAAACCAAAGGAAGAGAAGAAAAAAACGAGGGUAUGGAAAGGUUGAAGAAAUGAAAUAAAAUAUUAUUUGAAGGAAAAAGGAGCGAAAGGAGUGGAUAAAAAAGAAUUAAAAAAGGUCAUUUUGGAACGAUAUAGAGAAAGUAAUGGAAAAUAUGAUGAAGAUAUGGCAAAAAUGGCGUUCAAGAUUAAGCUGGAUUUUUAUAGGUUUAUAAAGAAAGGCGAGAAGGUUUAUUAUUAUAGAUUCACAAAAUAA